AUGUCAUGCAGUAACAACAAGAGUGAUAAUCAUUGUGCGCAACUCUUCAGCAAAGGAAAUGCAUCAUCCAUCAACGAGUGGACAGUGGCGUUCUCUGAUCUUGGGCUACCUCAAGUAACCAACAAAGCAACAUGGAUGGAAUUCGACAAGUUGACAGAAUUAAUUGCUCGGCCAGAGACAAUCGAAUGCACUGCCAGCAUAAUCAACAAUCUCAUUCAUCCAUCAUCCAAACAGCCUACUCAACGUGCGCGUAUCUUUUUGACGGCCUAUAUCAUUCUUACAUGCCCAAAGGCAAUCCUUCAAGAAACCCCAAUCCCCUUGAGGAAGCGAUUACAAGUAGCAGCCAAACGAUUGUUGAUGUCUUUUGAAGCUUAUCUUUCUUGUCGGGAUCCUAAUGAAGAUAUGCAGCAAACGAUUCAAAUGCAAUGGCAAGGAUAUGGGCGUUUAUUCCAAGCAUGGAAAAAGAAUGAUCGUGCUCAGCUGCUCGAAGCAAGCACAGCACACUACAAUGGCUUGAUGGAUCUUAAGCACACCAUACAAGAAAAGACACCGGAUGGUCCUGAUAGACGUGAAGCCUGUGAUGCUUUGGAGGAACAGCUGCGGCAAGUGCAAGCCAAGAUUGAACGAUUGGGCGGCCCUAUAGUCCAUGUUUCUAAUGAGCAGCCAGCUGCUAAUACAAUACCAACACCCCCCUCGAGUCAUAAUGGUAGUGAUGAUGAAAAUGGGCAGCGACAACAAGAUGAAGACCAAGAACAGAAACAACAAGCACUUCAUAUGCUGCAAGGCAUGUCUCAAAAAGGAGGUGUUAGUAACGAGCAACUGGCACAUGAGAUUAUUCUUGAUCCUGAAUUCAAGCUUGAACGUGCAAAAGGGAUUGAACGUCAAGUGACAGCUAUUGCUAGGCGUGCAUUCUUCGACAAGCUAGAUGAAGAUCUCACUCAAGGUGUGCCUGCUGCACAUGAUACAUUGCUUGAAGUGGUAGCAGACGUGCGACAACAAUUGUUGAAGGUGGCACCAAGGAAUGAGGAAGAAGCAAUUUACAGCAACCUGGAUUUGGAAUUGAUGCGGCAGCAAUUGACAGCACGUGUAUGCGACCUUGAUGAGAAGAUCAAUUGGAUCAUAUCGGUCAUGCAACGAUCUUGUGCUCCUAUACGAGAUAAUGAGGUGGAAUCAAUUCAUAAUUGUUCACGCCUCAGUGAAAAGUUGGGAUGUAUUGUGGAUGUGCUACAAGAUAUGGCUAUUGAUUUGGCUAAUGUGCAACUACGUGCUUUGCGUCCACACCUGCUACCCAUUGCUAUUGAGUAUGGUCGCUCCAAGUUUGAGGAAGCCAUUGCUGCGGAUCCUGAAGCCCAAGCCUUACCGAAUACCAAACAAUGGCUACAAGAAGCAUACAAUCGACUUUUAUCCAACAACAGCACUAGCAAUGUGUUAACCGCAACCAAUCCCAAUCCUACUCACGAGGCUAUUUUCCAAGAUGCAUUUAUUCAUUUGUUACUAUCAUCAAAGUCUGUAGCUGAAUGGGCUCCCGAAACAUUGCGUUUGGAUAUUGCACGGCUGGUACGAUUCCAAAACACAGCACAAGCCAUCACGAUCGUAGCAGCUUUAUUAACGCUUGCACGCAACUUUGGAAUUGUGGACGAGGACGAGCAUGCUGUAUUGGCUGAAACGCUGUUCAAGUUACUCGAAGACCACAACACUAGUCCACAGCAUCUGGCAGCUGAAAUUGAGCGACGUGUAGACACUAUGGGAGGAAACACUAAGCGAGAAGAAAUGAUACGUACCAUGGUCGAUAAGACGCUUUCGCAUAAUGAUGCCAUCUAUGCCUUAUUAUCACGACGUGUUGCAUCUGUGCUCAAAUCCUACCUCGCCACACGUGACAUGGCAGCUCCCACUGCAUUGUAUAGCUAUGGAUUGCGUCAUGUAUCGGAUCCUCUUCAAGGGCUUUGUGAACAUGUACAUGUCCUUGCCGAUUACCAUUACCGGAUGCAUGAGCAACGUUACUUUGGUAUUAUUAAUCGAAUGAUGUAA